CGAGCGAGCCGGGGAGGCGGCGAGAGCCGGAGCGGCGGGCCGGGCGGCCGCGCCGGCGAGCGGGCAAGGCGGGCGGCGAGCUGCGCGCAGCGCGAGGGGCACCGAGGAGCGGGCGCGGCGGGCGCAGCGCGAGGCGGCCCGAGCGGAGAGGCCCGCGCGGCGCCGCCCCCGAGCGGAGCCCGAGCGGGGAGGGGGCGGCAUGGACCCGCGGCCCCGGGCCCCGGGGCGCUAGGCCCCCGGAGGGGCGCCCCCCGCCUCGCCGCCCUCCGCCGCCGCGCGCCCCGCCCGCUCCCGCCGCCCCCGGGGCCGCCGGCGGCCCAUGAGCCCCGACCUCAAAGUUUGCGGCGGGCGGGCGGGCGCGGAGCCUCCAAGAUGCCGUUCCACCCGGUGACGGCGGCGUUGAUGUACCGGGGCAUCUACACCGUGCCCAACCUGCUGUCGGAGCAGCGCCCGGUGGACAUCCCCGAGGACGAGCUGGAGGAGAUCCGAGAGGCUUUCAAAGUCUUUGACCGUGACGGCAAUGGCUUCAUCUCCAAGCAGGAGCUGGGCACGGCCAUGCGCUCCCUCGGCUACAUGCCCAACGAAGUGGAGCUCGAGGUGAUCAUCCAGCGGCUGGACAUGGACGGUGAUGGCCAAGUGGACUUUGAGGAGUUUGUGACCCUGCUGGGACCCAAGCUGUCUACGUCGGGGAUCCCAGAGAAGUUCCACGGCACAGACUUUGACACCGUCUUCUGGAAGUGCGACAUGCAGAAGCUGACCGUGGACGAGCUGAAGCGCUUGCUCUAUGACACCUUCUGCGAGCACCUGUCCAUGAAGGACAUUGAGAACAUCAUCAUGACGGAGGAGGAGAGCCACCUGGGCACGGCCGAGGAGUGCCCCGUGGAUGUGGAGACCUGCUCCAGCCAGCAGAUCCGCCAGACGUGCGUGCGCAAGAGCCUGAUCUGCGCCUUCGCCAUCGCCUUCAUCAUCAGCGUCAUGCUCAUCGCGGCCAACCAGGUGCUGCGCAGCGGCAUGAAGUAGGCGCCGCCCGGGUGCCCGCCGGGCGAGGGGUGCAUGGGGCCUGUCCACGCCCACCGCUGCCUGCCGCCCUCCUCCUUGGCCGGCUCCUGGGCCCCGCCCAUGUACUUCGGGGCCUGGAGGUCCGGACACCCCAACCCCCACUCCAGCCCCCUCAGGCCUUGCAUGGAGCCGUGGCCGCCUGCAGGGGACCCGGGUGGUGGCUCAGGGGACGGCCCCAGCCCUGCCUGCGCCCUGUCUGUGCCCGCCCCCUCUCCCCCGAGGCCUGUAUGUAGCACUAACUCUUCCCACAGUCGGGGGGCUCCUGGGAAAGCAAGGAGCGCUGUGCGGGUGGCCCUGGGGUGCAGCUAGCCCCACCCUGGCCCUGGCCGUCCACCCCAGCCCAUGACUGGGGUAAAGGCGGGGGCGGAAAGCUGCCGGGCUGGGGGAGGCCUGAGGCUGAGGUUCCUGGCCCUGCCCCCUGGCACAGCCCUCGGAUUCCACCCCCCCAAGGCCCAGCAGCUGCCCAGCUUACUGAGGAGUCCGAGGCUCAGUGGGCGCCCAGGCUGGGCCUCAGAUCCCCCCAUCCCUGGGGGGUGUGGGCAUUUCAGGAAGAGCAGAAGCUCAUGGUGAGGGGGGUACCUGAGCCAGCCUCACUCUGGCGGCCCCUGCCCCUCCCUGACCUCGGCAGCCCAGACCCAGUCCUGGGGUGAGCCGGGUGAGGGUAGCGGAGCCCAGCUGAGAGGCUCCUUUGGUCACCUGAGCAGCCUGUGAUCUUGCUGCCAGCCGGGGUG